AUGACGUCUUACGUAGACGUGCUGGAGAGCAAUGUCGGAGUUGAACCGCAGGGGCACACACGUAGGAACACUUUCACAUACAAACGGCACACACACCCACACACACACUCCCCCACACAUACACACACACACACCCAGUCUCCACUCCAAAGGAGCAGGUUUCACGGUGUGAGGGACUAUUCGAUAGCUGUUGGACAUGCAAACUUGACAUGCUCUGAUGCAGCGCCUUCAGUGGGUGGGAGUCGUAAGAUCCAGAUUCGAAACAUUCCACCUCAGCUACAGUGGGAGGUGUUGGAUAAUCUUCUGACACAGUACGGCUCAGUGGAGAACGUUGAACAAGUGAACACAGAUACAGACCCAGCCGUGGUGAAUGUCACUUACGCAACUAAGGAGGAGGCUAAAGAGGCCCUUGAGAAGCUGACGGGCCACAGCGUGGAGGAGCACUCCCUCAGCGUGUCGUACAUACUGGACGUGGACGCCUCGCCCCCGCCGCAGGCCCCCAAGCUGCAGAGGGGGGGGCGGGCCAGGACGGGGGACCACCUGGACUACAGCGGCGCCGCCGGGGGGCUGGGGGGGCACCGGCAACGACAGCCCGAGCUCCCGCUGCGUAUGCUGGUGUCCACGCAGUUCGUGGGAGCCAUCAUCGGCAAGGAAGGCCUCACCAUCAAGAACCUCACCAAAGAGACCCAGUCCAAGGUGGACAUCCACCGUAAGGAGAAUGCAGGUGCGGCAGAGAAGUCCAUCACCAUCCACUCCAGCCCAGAGGGCUGCUCCUCUGCCUGCCGGAUGAUCCUCCAGAUCAUGGAGAAGGAGGCAAAUGACACCAAUGCGGCUGAGGAGGUGCCUCUGAAGAUCCUGGCUCACAACAGUCUGGUGGGGAGGCUCAUCGGGAAGGAGGGCCGCAACCUGAAGAAAAUCGAGCAGGACACAGGGACGAAAAUCACCAUCUCCUCUUUGCAGGAUUUAACCAUCUACAACCCGGAGCGUACCAUCACGGUCCGAGGAGGGGUGGAGGAAUGCUGCAAUGCAGAGGUGGAGAUCAUGAGGAAGCUCAGAGAGGGCUACGAGAAUGACAUUGCUACUCUAAACCAGCAGACUAACCUGAUCCCAGGGCUCAAUCUGAACGCUCUGGGCAUCUUCUCUUCUGGUGUGCCCCUCCUCCCCUCCUCCGUCAGCCCCCACGCUCCUGUCCCCAGCCCUGCUGGAUACAACCCCUUCCUGGGUCCUUCAUCACAAAUGGGAAGUCUUUAUGGUCCCCCCCCUGUUGGAAACCUACCACACCAACUCACGGUUACCGAGCAGGAGGUGGUGUAUCUCUUCAUUCCUACCCAGGCAGUGGGUGCUCUCAUUGGGAAGAAAGGACAACACAUUAAGGAGCUGGCACGCUUUGCUGGAGCCUCCAUCAAGAUCGCUCCAGCUGAUAGCCCAGACUCCUCAGAGAGGAUGGUCAUCAUUACUGGACCUCCAGAGGCUCAGUUCAAGGCUCAGGGCAGGAUCUUUGGGAAGCUGAAGGAGGAGAACUUCUUCACGGCUAAGGAGGAGGUGAAGCUGGAGACGCAGAUCAAAGUCCCCUCGUCAGCAGCGGGCCGCGUCAUCGGAAAAGGGGGGAAAACAGUGAAUGAGUUACAAAACCUCACCAGCGCUGAGGUCAUCGUUCCCCGGGACCAAACGCCAGACGAGAACGACGAGGUGUUUGUAAAAAUCAUCGGACAUUUUUUCGCCAGUCAGACUGCACAGAGAAAGAUUAGAGAGAUUAUCCAGCAGGUGAAACUACAGGAACAGAAGCAACAUCAGGCACCACUGACAACACAACAGUCAAUGUGACCUGCCGAGGCAAAGACCAGCACGCAGCAGUCCAUGAAUGUACUCCCUCACUCCAGAACUGGAGUCCAGAAGGGAGACGAGGAGAGAGAAAGAGAGAGACGGAGAGAGAGAAAAAAAAAAGAGAGAGAGUUUGCAGCAGAUGACCAAGAGCAACAGCAGUGGAGAGAACAAAACCAAAGAGCCUCAUGUGGGAUGGACUGAAGAGACACGAACUGGCAAAGCAUGGCACUGAAGCGCACGCGAGAGAAAGAAGAAUGGCCAGAAAUGUCUCUGAAACUCAACUGUUCUGAGCAGGGUAAACAGAGAUAGUAACUGAAAAUUGUAUACAUACAUAUAUGUGUAUAUGUACUAUUUUCUUACUGGAGUGUGGCCAUUAUGGACUCUUGAUAGUUCAGCCACUUGGAGGCUGCUGAGUUUUCCUCAGCAGUUUGGAAAUCCGUUCUCUAGGUUUACCUUAGAGCAUUGGAAUAAUGCUUUUAAGCCCACGUGUGUAGGGAGUGUGGACACACAAACGUGAGAACUUACAAGAGGUGUUUUAUUUUUAAGAAAUGAAAGUGAAGCAAAGAAAUUAUGAGUACAAAGCUGUCAGUGGUUUUAUUUCACGUGCAGACUGUGGAGAGUUGGUACGUUUUCAACAGUGUUUACUGAAGAGUUACCACAAUGGACAUAGGCUUAACCAGAAUAUUGAAGCCAUGGGUAGUACGUGUUUGUACUUUCAAAUUAGACUUUUGCGUUAUAGCUGCAGUGGACGCAGGCUUCAAACUUUCGUAAAUAAUAAUAGACAUCAUAUCCCAGUAUACUGUUUUUCUCCGGAUGGUAGCACAUGUGCCAACGUUUACAUCCCGGACAGCUGUUCUUCUUUGAAGCAUCUGCUUUGUAUUUGGGUACAUUUCGCCUUGCGUAGUUUGGCAUUGUAUUCUCCUCGCCGGUUCGCUCUGUGUCUCACUCGCUCGAAACACUAGCAAAGACGACAUUGUCCAUUUAUUUAGUUGGGGGAAUUAAUUAGAGAAAAUAUUUGGAAAUAUUGUCCUUCCAGAGUAGAAAAGAAAAGAAACAAGAAAAUCUAACAAGCUUGACAGUGGUUUCAUCAUAAACGGAAAUGGCUUUGCAGCUCUUCUUUUAUGCAAAGCUGGUCUUUAUUGCCUGAUUUAUGAGCCUAGUGGCAUUAAGACAAGGCUGGUUUUGACACUCUUGAAUGUACAGUGCGCCACUGCCUUGAAAGAAAAUAUGGCGUAAGCGUCAAACGCGAAGGCAGAACAAACUCUUGCCGCGAGGGAGUUUGUGGCCCUCGCACCCGUCUCUCUCUCUCUGCCGUAGAGCUUUGGGGUCUUCUAUAAGGACACUCUCCCUUAGGGUGCAAACGUUCUGCUGCUCCUCGCCCAUCCCCGCCCCCACCCCAGCCACCCCCCCCAAUAGAAAACACUAACACGCACAGCCUUCUUCACGCUACUGUGUUUGUGUUUGUAUAUUUAUAUAGAAAGAGUGGUGAAAUAUUUAUUAAAACUUAGAUGAAUAUUAAUGUAAGCAGAAGUCACAGUUGGUCCUCUUUUUUCGCAGGGUUUUUUUUUUCUUUUUAUCUUUUAAUCUUUUCUUUUUUUUCAAAAUGAUGGAUGUGGUAAAAACAAAUUUAAACAAAAGUCACAGAGAGACUGUUGAACAGAUGAAUAGUAUGUCACAAAAAUAACAAGAGAUCUUUGGCAAAAAUGUCAUAAUUGGAUGGCCAUGUGAAAAUUAAGAAAAUAAAUCAAAUGUCCUGGAAUUUUCCAGAUUAUCAGGUAGUUAUAUAAAGGGAUGUUUAGAUUUAUUUAUUUCUUUUAUUUUAUAAAUGGCCAUCUUAACAUUUAGCCUAAGCAACCAACCACCAUGUUGGGAUGUGAGCAGUGCAAACGCCAGCAUGUUUCUCUACCUUUGGCCAAACGUGAACAGCGCAUAUGUCAGUAUAGUGGCCCGUGAUUGGUCAAAAAAACAAAACGUGAUUUGCGCAUUUUUAUUGUAACGCUCUACCUCAGACAUCAGGGUACCUCAGUCCAAUAUUUUAUUUCUUCCUUAUUUUGGAUAUUUUGUAUACCUUUGGAAAGCUCAUGAUCAAUGAGCAGUUUUUUAUUUUUUUAAAUAAAUGAUAACAGCUACAAAAAAGAAGAGAGAUUAGUUGGUGUCUUGGACACCAACCCACACUACUCAUCCAAACAAGAAGUAAAAAAAAAGGAUCAUAUUGCAGCCUUUAAACCUGCACCAUGCCUAAAGGAGUCUUAAGAUCAGUAAAUAUUCUGCCUUUUGGCUCUUCAGGAGAUCCUUAUGUUAUUGACCAGGAAGAGUAGCUCCAAAUGGUGUAUGCCAUCACCUGGAAGUAAUUCGGGUAUAAUCUCUCAAGGCUGAUGUCAAAAAUGCAAUCAAACCUCAUGACUGCAAUGAGAUUUUUGAGAGGGGGAGGGCAUUCUUGCCUCCGAGGUCAUUGGAAAGUGUAUACAAUGUGCAGUUUGCCAUCAUCAAAAUGUACUUUUAGACAUGUGAAAUUGUAGUCUUCUCUGCUGGAUAUUCUUCAUACAUCGUAUUCAACCUGUCACUGUGUGUGCCGAAAACAUAGAAGUCGAUCGUGGUUGUUCUGUCGUACAAUUUAGGCUUGUUUUUCAUUGUAGCCCAGUUCACCCUUGUCUGUUCCAAGGCACCACACUGGCAAAGAUUGGCUUAUGGUUCUUCUUUCUGCUGAGUUUUAGUUUAGGAGUUAAUAUCUGACUAUUCUUUUUUUGCGUGGUGUUAGUUCAGUUUCUCACGUGAGUGUUUUCUAACGGAACACUGUCACUCAAAGGCAGUGGGGUCAGUCUUCUUCCUCUUUGGUUCACAGAAGUUUUAAAAAGAUAAUAAUAAUAACAAUAAUCAUAAUAAUUUAAAAUUGUUUCUUAGCACACCCAUUGAAAUUAGUAUUUAGUCGUGGGUCAGUUAGUAACAGAGUGUCAUUCCACAUUCUUCGGGAGUGUCACCAUAGGUUCCUCUGGAUCAGUCUUCGUUUCUUCUUGUCACCUGUACUGUUGCAUCAUGUUAACUAUAACCAGGAUUGGGGAGGAAGGAGUUGGUUAAGCUUAGUGUUCUUCCUUAAGAUCUUUUUUUUCCCCACCCUCACUUCAGGCCCAAACUGAUUGGCUGCCUUGAGUGUCUGUCACAUAGCUCUCACCCAGUCACAUUCCAGAAUUUGGAGUAGGUGGGAGGUGAGAGGGACUUUGUAACAGCUCAAAGCUCAGGGAAGAGUUGGAGGUGAAGAUGGAAAGGGGUCUAAUGAGAGAUGCAUGCCUUAUUGGUGAUGGUCAGAAUUUCAGUGUGGAAUUGUGGGGUAAAAUAUAUUUGUACUGCCGACCGACCUGGAUAUGAGCAAUAAAGAGAGUCUUUACAACUGCA